ACAAGAAAAAAGCUGGACAACCUGAAGAGUUUGGACUUGUUUAACUGUGAAGUGACAAACCUGAACGACUACAGAGAGAGCGUGUUCAAGCUGCUGCCUCAGCUCACCUACCUGGACGGUUACGACAUGGAGGACAGGGAAGCCUCCGACUCCGACGGAGAGGUGGACGGAGACGGCGUAGAUGACGAUGAAGACGAAGAGGGUGAGGAGGAGGAAGAUGAGGACGGAGAGGAGGAGGACUUUGAUGAAGAAGAGGACGACGAGGAAGACGAAGAGGAGGUAGAAGGAGAAGAGGAUGACGAGGAAGUCAGCGGUGAAGAUGAGGAGGAAGAUUUCGGCCAGGACGGAGAAGUAGAUGAAGAAGAUGAUGAUGAGGAUGAAGAUGAAGAUGAAGCAGAAGCUUGCAAAGGCCAGAAGAGAAAGCGAGAUCCAGAGGACGAUGACGACGACGACGACGAUGACGACGACGAUUAAGAGCUGAAACUGAAUACGAGAGCCCACCGAGUUACCCUUCCUCUCCCACAAACCCGAACGUCCGCCCUCCUACAACUCACACCGCCUUUGUAAUCCACGUCUACACCCGACCCCCUUCCAGCUCUGAGCUCUUUUUAUGGGGCAAGACUGUACCGGAUGGGUGGGCCGAGUGGAGCUGCCCCCCCCCCCCAUCCCCUGUUUUUUUUCCCCUCCCCACCAUGGAACUGAGAGCCACCCAACACCCUCCACCUCACCCCACCCACGGGCCCCCCGAGGUUCUCAGGCAGCCACCACUCAGCAUUCCACAAUUUCACUGUCGAUCCCUCUUUAUGUAUCCCGUGUGAGGACUUUGGGACUGGUAUCUAGUUUUGGGUCUGUGCUUUUAAUAUUUUGUUGGAUGAAUUAUUUUUUUUGUGUGUUGGGUUUAUUAUUUCUCAUUUUUUGUC